CUCUUGUGACGUUCUCCAAUGGCGAGCACGUCUCGCGAACGAAAACAGCAAAAAUAUCGUUCUAAACGGAGACUUGCUGCCCUCAGUUUUCUCAGCAACAUAUCACUUGAUGGCACCUAUUCUAAUCCUUCCUCAGUUGUUAUUGCUAAGAUCAAAGAUGGUUCUGAGAUCGAAAAUGAGUCAGAUUCAUCAGUGAAGCGCAAGUGUUCGGAGAGUAAACAAGGAAGGGAGGUAAAUGAUGGUGAAGCUGAUGAGCAAUCUCUUCACAAUGGUACCGACAGUCUAUCCUCAAAGGACGGGGAUGGGCUGAAGAGAUCUACAACAGGUGGAGGAGCAAGAUCUCCCAAAGCUUUCAGACUUGAAAAACUGGUGGAGGCUCAAGGUGGAAAGAGAUGGAGGGCAUCAUCCUAUUCAAGUGGGGACAAACCGGGUAAGCCAAUGAGGCGACUCUUACACUUGCACUCUGACCCAUUUGAUCGCUUCCCAUUAGCGAUUGCAAGGCAGAUUUUUGGCGAAGGGCUGGGCAUGGGCGAGAAAAGCAGCCGAAGAUCAAGCUUGCUGUCAGGAGAGUCGAUAGAAACAAGUGUCCAGAAUCUGCACACCUUGUCCGCGGACUGGAGACCAUUGCCCAACCAGAGGGAUAAGAGAGUUUUCCUGGUUACUGGAGACCGGAAUCCUUUGGCAGUCUGCUCAGUACUUGCUUUUAGCCCCCGUUCUUCUCAAAGGCCUGACACAGUCCCAGAGGAAGGGCGGGUUCGCCAUCUGUCAGGUCACUCAGGUUCAAGGUCACAUUCCUCCCAGGAAGGGCUUCUCUUUGUGGGUCUACAGCAUGGAGCCAGCAGACAAGAUGAGGAGGUGUCCUACAGUCGGUUCCUAGUGGCCUCCAACCGGAAGUCUGCCCUGAAGAGAACCAGUGUGGAACACAAGGAGCUGCCCACCCCCAGAUCAUCAGAUGCGUACAAAGCUACAUGCCAGGAUGGAGCUCGUAGCAUGCUGCAUGAGGCUCCACCAGCUCACCUGUGGCAGUGGCACUCACAAACUAAUCAAUGGCAUUGGCACUCGCACCUGGAGACAGUCCAAGAGGACUCUGAUGCCUACCAUGCUAACAAACUGGAUGACCCAGAACUGCAGUCGGGCAGUUACAGAACUGAACUCACCUUCAAGUCUUACCUUACAUCUGUUAUAGACUAUGUAAAGCCUUCUAUGCUGAAGAAAGAGCUCAAUGAGAAGUUUCGGGAAAGGUUUCCAAACAUCCAGCUCACAUUGUCCAAACUGCGUAGUUUGAAGAGAGAACUGUAUCAGAUAGCUCAUGUGAGGUGCUCUGUGGACUUGUGGACUGUGGCUCAGUCAUACGUAUUCUUUGAGAAAAUCAUCCUGAAGCUACUGAUCAACAAGCAGAACAGAAAGAUAUGUGCAGGAGCGUGUUUGCUGUUGUCCUGCAAACUCAAUGAUGUCAAGGGACCCACUCUGACCAAACUUAUUGAACAAGCAGUGGAUGACCUGCGGGUGAGCCGGAAGGACCUGCUGAGCUUUGAGAUUGAGUGUCUGGUGGCCAUCGAGUUCUACCUUCACAUUCCCGACAGUGAGAUCUACCCGCACUACCAACGUCUUCUCUACAGGUCAUGACCUUUGGCUGGAUGUCAGCUCUGACAUCCGACCUCCGUCCUCUCUUAAGUGUGUACAACCAGCUCGAGGGAUCAAGUAAUUUUAGAGAAAAGGUUAUGUUUGUUGCUACUGAAUUGUUGAAAUAACUGGAUAUCUUGCUUAGGGCCUCUUUCUUAUUAUUAGAAUCAUGCUUUUUGUAGAUGGACAUGAAAAAUUUACUAGAUUUUUUUUGGGGUGUUUUUUAAACUGGUGAAAUCGGAAGGUUCUAUAGUUGUAUCUCAUGCAUGGCUUUAUGGUGUUUUCAAUGAACAAUGGUUGAGUGAGUGAUUAAAAAGUGAAUCAUUGUUUCUAGAGGGGACAAAUUGUUAAUGGCUUGUAACUCCAUCUGAAAAACUUUUUAGCCUCUGACCAAGUAGUUAUGAUGCUGUUAAGGUAUUCAUAAAGGGAAAAACGUACAAUUCCUUGGAUUGAAAGACACAUUUAUCCAUGGCUGUAAAUCUUUCAUUUAUUUUUAUAGAGGAACAAAGUUUUCCAUUGAAAAAGUCAAAGUUAUGGUGAAGUUCAUAAAAUGCAGGAACAAUAUAAAUUUGCCUUCUCUGCCCACUUUCUGUAUGUAGAUUUACACUUUUUUCUUUUCUAGACAUAAGAUGUAUUUUGCGCUGUCUGUCUUCAGAAGUUCAUACCGAUUUUCCAUAUGGAGACUAAAAAACAUUCCCCCUCUGCUCCCUUGCUUCGGUUGUUGUUUUUUGUAGUGCUAAAUAGGGCAUUGAUUUCUCUUAAGAUCUUCUGUACUAGAGAUAGCUGGCACAUCUGUGAUGAUCAUUGAUUUAUUUUUAAAAUAUGGAUAUUCUUGUAUUUUUUGUACUCGUACUUUGUUGUGGUAAAGUGAAAAAUAUACUCUUUUUCCUAAUCAUUUCUCUAUAUGCUUGACCCACUGGCUUCAAGAAGUCCAGCAGAGAUGGUUUCUUUGUUGAGAAUCAUGAACUUUGAUUUUAUGCCUUUGAUAUGAACCAUUUAUUUUUACGGAAAAGUAUGGUGCAUACUAUUUGUCAACGCCUCUAGAACUUAUGAUCAUCUUAGUCUUAGUAGUCAUUUAUACUCAUUUCGGACAGUCAUCUAAAUAUAUGCACACUAGUAUUAACUCUUAAGGGCCAGAGUAAUGAUGGGAGCAUUUACUCACAACAUGUCUCAUUUUGCAUCAGUGUAUGCAUUUUCAGUGGUUUCUAUUUUACAACAAUCCUAUUUCCGGCAACUACAGUUGAUUGUCCUAGUUUCCUCUUAAUUUAGACGCGAGAAAAUAGGUUCUGAGCACAACUGAACUGUUUUUUGUUUCAGAACUUUAAAAAAAAACAUUUUUAAAAAUUUAAUUUUAAAAUGAUACAAGUGAGGAUAAGUGAGCAGUGGUUAGAGAAAGAGGAAGCCCCCAGUUCAUUUUACAGGCGAAUAUGAGGCUAUUGAUUUCUUAUGGACUGAAGAUGACUCCAAUCAAAAGUUAGAUUGGUCUGAUGGUUUUGAUAGUGGCAGUGGAGUAGCGAUGAUGAGCUGUUCAGAGUGGGUGUAACUAAAUUGUUUACUUUCUCAACAUACAGAUCACAGGUACUUAAACAAAUGCAUAAAACAAAACCAUAAAUACUUUCUACAUUUUUUUAACACAUAAAAUGAUACCUAAUGAGUAUAUUAUGUUUAUGUGAAACUUGUUUGUAUUGUGUGUCAAGAUAAUAUCUUAAUUCAAAACCUGAGCCUUUUCGAAAACUGAUUUAGGCAAAACGGGGAAAAAUAAUGACAGUAAAGAGUUAAAAAUUAUAAUGGCUGCAAAUCCCAGCCCUGGCAUGAACACUGUCCAUUUUUAUAUUUCAUUUUGAACGAAGGGCUGGUUGGCCAAAACUUUUUUUUUUAGGUAUAGUUGCUCAAUAGGCUUCAGUCUUUGGUGAAGUAGAUUACUACUUCUUGUCCAUCUUUGGGGUAAAGAUCAUGAUAUGCUCAGCGUCAUUCCACAAUCGCUCAAGUCAUUUCGGGGCCGUUCCAGCAAAAGCUGCUGUUUUCAGUGAUGUAAACAGGUUUUGAAAAAAAAAAAAGCAGGAAAAUAUACGACGCGCGCGCACUGACUGAAAUAAGAGUACAGUGAGACUAAAUUAUAUUUGUUUCUUUCCCCCUAUUUCAACAAAUAAUCUCUAUUUAUUAUAUAUAAUAUGUAUUGUUUAUAGUAGACUUUUGUUAAAAGCUGGGGGGAAAAAGUUACUGCAAAAGGACAAGCAAGAUGAACUCACCCAAUCUGUCAACAGGACUAAUGUAAAUGAUGAGCUGUAGAGUCUUUUCCUUUCAGACUUUUCUAAAAAAGCCCCUAAUGUCCACAGAACUGGGCUUUUUGCCUCAGUUCUCUUCCUCUUUCUCUCUUUCUCCUUCCCACUUGUAGUUCUCAGGCUCUUGUCUCUCUGCUAAGCUUCGCGGUUCUCACAGAGUCGAUUGCUGUUGAGGCCAGUGGCGCCUGAGCGCAACCAAGCAUGCACUGGUCCGAAGUUGAAGUCAGAGAUUGCAUAUGCAAAAGCAAACUCAACCUUGUUUUUGCUGUGGAACCUGCUUUUGGAGCAAUGAGACCAAAUGGAAGAAUGCAGGCUCUCUUUGGCAUUGUGUGUCGCGUGGAGCUCACAUCGCUUGAGCAGGUCGAUGUCCUCUGCUGUGGAGUGGUUUCGAAUUGCCCUGGAAUAAUACAUGCCCAGGGUCUAAAUCUUGUCAGCAGUCAGGCUUCUAGGUCUUCUUCCACCGAGCGUAAUACCUGAGAAAGAAAAUGCAAUAAAAACAUGUUAUGAAAAAUCAUGUUUUUAUCUUCAUUUCUAAGAGGACAGAAGAAUAACACACUGUACAGAUGGAAGUUUAAAUAAACUGACAGGUGCAUGACAAUCAUAAAAAAAACAUGAAAGACAGAACAACAAAAAAAAGACUGAAACAUUUUAUGACUAUCUCUACUCUACCAAACACUGAAAUACAAUUUUCAAGCAACCUGUUUUUAAAAAAAAACUUUUUUCAUUGAGACAAGCAUUAAUUGAUUGACAAUGACGUGCUUGUAGAGGAAUUUGAUACCCACAAAAUGGAAUGAUAACACUAUACUGUUGCACUAACCCUUGUUUGAGCAAUCUUGAACAAGAUUGAGGAGUGCUGUACGGAGACGCUUGGAGACGUGGUUCAUGCACUCUUUUUUCUGGAUGGCGACAUUCCCAUGUGCACGACUCGCUUGAACACGGUCAUAAGCCUUGGAGUCUCCAUCACUAACCAUCGUGGUGUACUUAAAAUUGUGCAGUUCCAAUGAUCUUGCCCAUAUGACUUCAGCUGACUUGGCCUACAUCAUGCCAGAGGGUCCGGAAAAAAAAAGUAGGAAGAGCAAUUCAGUGAAUGUUUGAAUAGAAAAGUAUGAAAAAAAAGUUUCAUACACGCAUUGAAAAUAACACUCAUGAUGUACUUUUCAUAUUUUUUCUGUAAUAGAAUUUGUCUAUCUAAUAACUGAAGUAACUUUAAUUGCCUGUAUGAUCAUUCUUUCUAGCAAGAAGACACAAAGUUUAAUAUAAGCAGUUACUAUGUUUAUCAUCUUUGAAAUAAUUUAUGGUGCACCUUUCAAGGUGUUUGGGAAGAUUUUGCAGUUGUCAUUAUACGCAUGCGUUAAUUAAAUUUUUGCACUACAACGACUGAAGAAAUAGGAAUACCCGCCUUUGAAGUUGAUGCUGCAUCCUUCUUCUCUGUGCUUAGCAAGCCAUACCUCAUAACAGUUCGGGUGUGCUGCUUCUGGAAUUCCCCUGUCGUUGCGCAAACCUGACAAUGUGUGCCUCGAUGACACAGCCUAUACCUAUUUUUGAGGUGUUGCCACGAGUAAGCCAGGAACCGUCGAAUGAUACAGCAAUGUCCAGAGUGGUCGCUUCGUCGAUACAGUUGUGAUGUGAUCUCACAACUUUAGCUGCAUCCUGGAGAAUCAUUUUCUUUCUAUCUUCUGCUUCCUUCUCCACAAUUGCUGCUUUCUUACUGAAUGUGUUGUGGUGCAAGCUGGCCAUGUCAAGGCCUCGCAGAGAAGACUGAGCUUGCAAGGUCCCAGGUCUGCCAGCAUAGACGCAUAAACAACAUCUUCAUUUAUUUGGAAUGGCUUCACUUUUGAUGAUGAGGAAGACGUGUCCAAUCUGGAAGUGUAAAACGUCUGCACUACAUCUGCACAAAUCUUACAGAAGGACUGUACACACUUGGCAAAUCCUCUACUUUUCUGCUUGUUCAUUGAUACAGUGAUAGGGCCGCAGCAGUUGGGGCAGGGGAACAUGGCAAUGGAUUCACACAGCAAACUUAAGUCCACAAUUGUUCUUCCACUGUUUGUCUUGCCGUGGUCACCAUCGUCACCAAUUGUAAUACCUCCAUCUGCAUCAUCGCCUUCAACAAGAAAGAGAGCUUUGGAGCUGUCAAUUUUCCUCUGGAAGGUAGUUGGCAUUAAAAGCAAAGGGUUAGGUUCUUCAAAAGAAGGGAGAGGGGUUUCUGGUAUACCAGACACAGCCCUAAGUGUACUGUUUAUAAGAAGCACUAUCAUCACUAUCACGACUUACAGUGUCAGUUGUGUCAUCCAUCUCACUCACACUACUCACACAAUCAGCUGUCCAACGCUGAUGUCUGGCCAAAGCUACCCUGUCCAUCCAUCUAUCUUGAUUUCCGAGAUCACUUCGUUGACACAGGUUUUUUUAUCUGCUAGGCGUGGCUACACAAGUACAAGGCUUGUAUUGUCACUACAACACACUUGUAGAAGUCAAAGAAUAAAAAGCCAACAAAAGGAAAAACACUGAUAAUAAUAAUAUUGAGGCAGACAACACUUGAAAAAUCCUCAACCGAAUUGUAAACAGUGGACUGUCAGCAAACAAACAUUCCGGUGCAAGCUAACGGAAAAGACGCUUCGAUGUGGGAAAUUCGCGCCAGAUCAAACUGUUGGUGCGCACGGAUCACAUGCCGAGUUGUAAAUUUGACCCUGACAUUCCAAAGCUGCUGCAAAAUUUUCCAUUCCCAGCCAACAGUGCACAAGUCUUAGGUGUGUGCUCACUUUACGGAAAUUACCGAGCACUACUACAGUCAUGUUGUGUAUCAUGUACCGAGGUGGAAACGAACCGGAAGUUGUACUUACAACCAAUGGCAAAUGGAUUUGGGAAAAGGUCAAUCAAUCACAGUAAUAGGUCGGGUCAAAGGCCAUGGAGACGUAAACAGAACGCAGUUUAGUACACUUCGGGUGUUCUCGUUUCAACUUAUACAAUUCUAGCAAUGCAUGAAUUAUGCUAGAGAUCUAUUUAUAGACAAAAAGUGGAAAGGAAGCCCUGCUCAGCGAUAUCGAAACAUAGGGGUAUUUUUGAGAGUUCAGGGUUUUAUCAAGGGUGGCAAAAGAGCUUUUUUUUUUUUUUACAAAAUUGGCAAAUAUUUUCUCAAACAGACUCCACCCUACGCUCUAAACCCCCCCCCCCCCCCCCCCCCCCCCCCCAACUCCACUUUAGGGUGCAGAUAGGCUUAUUUACCUUACUUGAUAUUGUUCAGGACAUGUCCAGGAAUUUUAAAUUGUAAUUAUCUCAUUUUGUGUAAUUUGGCCCCAAACCGGCAUUUCUAACUGCCUCUUAACAAUGUUGUGCAUAUCAUGGCACACGUCAUCACCCAACUUCAAAAGAUGGGGUGCAAUUUCUCUCAUUUUGGCCUGAAAUUCAUUGUGCACCCUGUAAAACACAUCUGCCUGGUAACAUAAUGGCAUGCUGUUCGGCGUAGUUGACAAUGAAGUCAAUAACUUUUCGGAUUUCAUGAAAUUUCAAAGCUUUUGAUUGCAACUUUGAUUUGUUUCCAUUAAUGGCUGCUGAAUUGGACAGAAUGGAAAUCAAAUUUGUUAUGGAUAUAUUAUCCUCUCUUAACUUUGCCAUGACUGCCUCAAAAACUGUUGUGGCAUUAACUACUGUCAUUUCCACACAGAGGAAUAUAAAUGGGUCACUGACUUCUGCAGGUCGUCACAAAAGAAGCACACCAGAAUGUUCAAAACUCUUUUCUGGCAUCCCUUUGAUGUACUCUCAUCCAAAUUUAUGAAAGAGGGAACCUUCCUCAUGCUUAAACACAAGUCUCUUAUGUUCAACAGCUGCAAGACCAUACUUUGUCUUAUAGGUUGCAGUUUGUCUCUCCAUGGACAGGAGGGAGAGGGUUUUCUUGUCACGGCGUAGCUCUUGGACCUGUUUUAUGAGAUGAGAUGUCACACUGUGGGGCAGGUUGUGCUCUGCAAGGAACGAACAGACAAGAGCUUCAUAGUUUGUAACCCUGUCUGCUCUGUGAUAGACACAGGACUAGGGGCCGGAAUUUGCUGUGAUUGGGAGUCUGACUUUGAAUUCAGAUCUGAUCACCAUUUUGUCUGCUGGCUGCUUGCAGCGAAUAUAGACGGGAGGGGCUGGUUGCUCAAGUGCGCUUUCUUGUUGGACUGGGGCACAGCAGUUUUGGAAUUUUUGUGAAGGGCCUUUUUCCCAGAUGAACUGUAGUUGAUUUUGUCGCGACAGUACAGACACACCACAACACCAUCAUCAGUCAAUUUCCUCACGUAAUUCGAUGUGAACUCGCCGGAAUCAUCAUUUUCAUCUAACCAUUGCCACCUAAAUUUAUUUGAUGUUCACACUCACGCUCGAGGAACGCUCCAAUACUGAAAAUUGCUCCAUUAUGAAUGAACACUUUUCCUGUCAUCAAUCACUUCGAUCUUUCACUGUACCUUCUGUCCUAUGGUAAUAAAUCCAACUUGAAUUGAAAACAAACACAGCAACAAGCGUGACAGCGUCGUUAUCAGGCUAGUUAAGCCAGCGUCGAGUGGGCGCUCAAUUUUCCGAUGUAAACUUCCGGCUCGGGGCUUCUGGGACAUGCAAAUGAGGCAGUCGGUUCGUACUUCAUUUAUUUCGCUUUUUUUUCCGGCCGGCCGGAUCACGGACGAUUUAGGGAUUUUUUUUUCGGGCGUCGGAUCGCGGACACGUGUUGGCCCGACCAAAUGGCAAGUCUGCCUGAAAAAAGGGAAAAAGCCGGAAGAUUUACAUCCCUGUAUUUUGAUAAAGACACCAAGGGGCAUUUUACAAUAUCGUUUAGCUCUGUUCUGUUAAAUCCUUCCUAAUCUAUAAUUGAAAAACAGUAACAAAUGCUGAAGUCCUUGGUUCUCAUUCGGGCGCUUUUUUUUUCUUUUUCUCAAAACUAAAAAAAAAAAAAGACCUGGGUGCUCGUGGAAUGAUGCUGACAAAAUGUACAGUGUUGAGUAAAGUCAUCAAAAAGGCUAUCUUUUGUAUACAAUGGAAUUAGUAUGAAGGACCUAGCAACAAAAUGCAUUGGCAGGGUAGAAUUGCUGGCCAAAACUUUUGUUCAUACACAAAGCUAUCAUAUGAAUAUAUUCUUUUUUUUUUUCAUAGAACUUUUUAUUUUCUGUCAGUUCACAAUGUUAAACAACAUUUAAAUACAAAACAUGGUUUGAGCACAGUUGACCACUGAAAUAACACAUGCUGCAUCUUUUCGGAGCUUGUGCUUUGUCAUGGGGCCUUUGUUCCAUUAUUGUUAACCUAUUUUUGUCAUAUGUUUUAUUGUGAAUGAUAUUUUGUGUAUGGUGAGGAAGUCAUUUUUUCUAGAGAAUUGAAAUUGAUAUUUUCAGCCUUUUUUAUAAGCAUUAUUUGUCAUGUUGUAAUGUGCAAAUGUACAGGUAGGUGAAAGGUAUAGCUUAGUGAUGACUGAUUAUUCUAUUUUUCUACCUUUGGAUCUACUGUAUUGGUGAGCAAGUUGGUUGAAUUAUUGCUUCAUUUCUCUUAAUGAUCCCAGAGUAAAAGAAUUGAAGAGAUUUUUCUGAGCUCACAUGCUCACUUGAAGUGUUAAAAAAAUCCCAGCUUAUUUUUGCUUUUUAAAAAAAAACUGUUCCUUGUUCCUUUGAUCACUCCUAGUUUUGCCUUCUGUGUCGUCUUUUUAAAAGAUUUGUACACAGUGUUCUCUUUGGUCACCUUCUCUUUCUACAGCAGAAUCUUGAAUGGGUUUAUAAAAUACAACUUGACUUAUUUUACAUUAAUUCUAGAUACUGGUAAUGGUAAUUUAAAACAAAAAGAUAUUUGUGUGGGCCCACAGUAAAAAGCAGUUUAACCUUCAGAAUAAAAGUUUUCAGUUAACUUCCCCGGCAUAGAGUACAUGCAUUUCUGAGUAUUUUGCACUUUUUUGAGUCAGUUCGGAUAAGUAGGAGCUGAUAUAGGGCGUUUUUUGUAGCACAGGGGUCAAAAGUGACAAGUG